AUGCAUUUCAUUUCUUUUCUCAUUCAAGGGUGCUAUUGGUGUUCAUUUUAAUCCAUCACACAUUCAAUUGUGUUCUUCAGCAGGAUGAGUAAAGUAAAGGAAAGAGGGCAAAGAAAAUUUUAUUUCUGAGCUAAAGAUCCCACUAAAGAUGUUAUGCACAGAGUAGUUAGGAUGAGAGUCCAGUAAAUUGUUCUAUUUAAAUUAUUAUGUUAGUAUAUUUUAUCAAGAUAAUAAAGUUUUCUUAAAGAUAUCAUGAUUUGUUUUUAUUCUGUAGUCUAUCUUGCAACUGAUGUUUCUACACAUUCUAUUUUAGGUGACCACGUGAUUUUUACCUCCGAUCUCUAGCAAGUACUCCAAAGAAGAAAACAUUCUGAAAAAUCAAUCAAGUUUUCUGUGAAGUCAAGUCCAAGUAACAUCUCUGUCUUAACUACAAGCAGAAGAAAUGAAGCACAUUAUCAAUCCAUAUGAAAACAUUAACAAUUCAGCAAGAAAUAAUUCAGACUGUCCGCCUGUGGUAUUGCCAGAAGAGAUAUUUUUCGCAAUUUCCAUCAUUGGGGUUUUGGAGAAUCUGAUCGUCCUUCUGGCUGUGAUCAAGAACGAGAAUCUUCAGUCACCUAUGUACUUUUUCAUUUGCAGUUUGGCCAUUUCUGAUAUGUUGGGCAGCCUGUAUAAAAUCUUGGAAAAUAUCCUGAUCAUGUUCAGAAACAUGGGUUAUCUUAGGCCUCGUGGCAAUUUUGAAACCACAGCAGAUGACAUCAUUGAUUCCAUGUUCAUUCUCUCUCUGCUUGGCUCCAUUUUCAGCCUGUCUGUGAUUGCUGCUGACCGCUACAUCGCAAUAUUCCAUGCACUGAAGUACCAUAGCAUUGUGACCAUGCGCCACACUGUUGUCAUUCUCACAAUCAUCUGGAUAUUCUGUACAGGGAGCGGCAUCACCAUGGUGGUCUUCUCCCAUCACAUCCCUACAGUGCUCACCUUCACCUCUCUGUUUCCUCUGAUGUUGGUCUUUAUCCUGUGCCUUUACGUGCACAUGUUCUUGCUAGCCCGUUCCCAUGCUAGAAAGAUCUCAACCCUUCCCAGAGCCAACAUGAAAGGGGCUAUCACGCUGACCAUCCUGCUUGGGGUUUUCAUCUUCUGUUGGGCCCCCUUUGUGCUUCAUGUCCUCUUAAUGACAUUCUGCCCAAAUAACCCAUACUGUGCUUGCUACAUGUCCCUCUUCCAGGUGAAUGGCAUGUUGAUUAUGUGUAAUGCAGUCAUUGAUCCCUUUAUAUAUGCUUUCCGGAGCCCAGAGCUCAGAGAUGCAUUCAAAAAGACGAUCUUCUGCAACAGGUACCAGAGGAAUUAUUGA